AUGGCUGGGCAAGAAGUGUCAAUACGUAUCACCGCUUCUCUCAAGGUCGCUGUGCUUGAGGAUGGAGUCGACUUCAGAGCUUAUUUUCCGUGGAGGUCUCUUUUCUCUGAAAUCAAGGAUGCCUACCAACCAACUUUGGUUGCGGAUAUGACCAUCUUCCCAGCUGUCACCUGGGGACGACUCCAACAAAUAGCUGAAUCAUCCUCUUCCAACCAACUUCUUUCUAACCCACUCUACGCCUCCUCAACCACCUUUCCCAAUGAUAAUGUGACCUUCCAAAGCGACGAAACGGGACUGUACGGUCGCUCAGACGAAGAGAAGCGGCUCAUCAGGAUCACGACGAUCUCCGUUGUCACGCGCCUUGCACUCGAAUUCCAUACUGUAGGCCAGGAGGAAGUCACAAAACUCACGAUCUCGAUGUUGUUGCAACGCUUACGGACUUUGGAGCCAACUCUCGAGGCUGCGAUCGCGAAUAAACCUUGUGGAUCUUGCGCUCGUAGCUCCUGA